AUUUAAACUUCCAACUUCAUAGAUCUAAGUUGUACUAGAUUGAAGUCUGUGGGGGAUUGUUACUUCAUUUAAAAAAAAGUUAUACUCGAAAAAAUAAGUAUAUUGACAAAUUGAUCUAAAAAUAAAAGGUGAUAUCGCGACAGGAAAUCCCACAGGAAAUGAAGACCUACAAGUAGCAAGCUCGCAGACUUUCAAUAUAGUCGGCUUUCGCGAAUACAAUGGAUACGACGUUUAAAGAGUUAUUCAAACUUUAUGAUAUUAUACAAAAUGAUGAUUCAAGAUCAGUCGAAAGAUUUUUAAAUACGCAGAAAGUAAACAUUAACUUAGUUUUACCCUGUAAAGGUAUUGGAGUGUUACAUUUAGCUGUAGGUAUAGACCCUUUGGAUAAAUCCAGAAAUUGCACAGAAAUAUUAUUGAAGCAUGGCGGCGAUCCUAAUCUAAGUAAUGACGAUGGAAUAACCCCAGUCCAUAUAGCAGCAAUAUGGGGUAGAGUGGAUAAUUUGAAGCUGCUUGUUGGCUGCGGCGGAGAUCCGUCAAGACGUGAUCUGGACGGUAUCUCAGCAUUUGAUUAUGCGGUGAGAGAACAACAGUGGGAUGUUUACGAUUACUUGCAUAAUGUUAUUGACGAAAGUGAUUCCACUGAUCCCAUUGAAACGGAGUGUGCGUACACACUUAACAUCGAACGGGUCUUAGUUACAACAGACCACGUGGUGGCGGAAUAUGAACCACUUAAAGAAAACCAGACAGAUAUAAUCAGUAGAAAAUCUGAUACUAUCAGAGAUUGGUUGGAUAGGAACAGCUUGGUCAUAAAUAAAUUAUAUCCCACCAUACAUGGGGAGACGUACCUCAUAGAGGACGAAUCCGAACCGUGGACUGACGACACCAAUAACACUUUCAUGACCUGUUGUUCAAAACGCGAAGUGGAAAUAACCGGGGUGCAUCCCCUGGAACUGACUUCCGACAAGAGCAAGUUCUCAAACGAGAGCAAACAGAGAGCUAGCGUGUAUGAAAAUUUUUCCCUACCAGGCUCACCCAGUUGCAUCACGCACAGAAACUAUAACAGUAAAACCAGCCUCAGGAAAUUGGGUUCCAAAGAGCUGAUCGCUACCAACCAACUGACAUUAGACAGUCAUAUAACUGAUGACGAUUCUCAAAGUGAUCUGGACAAAGCGAUGAUUAUGGUCCAGAAUCGCACCAACGAAUGGUUGUGCGGUGACGAUAGGAACAGGAAUACUAGGCGAUCAUCAGCCAGUAGCGGUGUUAGCAGCACUCCAUCUGGCAACAUAAUGCUGGCUAACGUCCACGAGGAAUACAAAUACGAGGACCCUGAAGAAGACGUCGUCCUGAUAGAGAGGAGACUACAAGUUUCCUCGAUCGUACUGCCGGUAGACGAAGGGUCAGACGCCGAUCAAACGAUACAUUCAAUAGCCUCGUCUUUGCCAUUUUCCGUUUCCUACGACAACGACGCUCUAAGAUCCGAACUCAUACGCCUAGGAGUUACCCCGGGUCCCAUACAGAAUACAACAAGGACGCUGUAUUUGAAAAAACUCCAAGCCUUAAAAACGAAUCCUGUAAUCGCUGAGCAUCAAGAAACUGGUAAAACUUACAGUGUAGAACUAACUAAAUCACUCCGCAAUGAUGAUUGGUUACAAAAUUUGUCUCCAUACAUCAAUAUACAGACAAAAGUGCAGGCUGAUUUUGAGAAUCCAAAGAAGAUUUGGAGGGAAGGUAACGCGAAAACUUCAUUCACCUACCUACUACUGGAUCCACGAGUCACAGGAAACCUCCCGGCCAGAGCCAACAGUCAAAGCCAUCAGGUCUCUUGGACUACAUUCAUUAACUCCAUCUUCUACAUCGGUAAAGGUAAACGUUCAAGACCAUAUGCCCAUUUAUACCAAGCGCUGACACCGUGGAAACACAAUAUAAGGAAAUCAAGCAAACAAAAAGUCCAACAUAUACUGGACAUAUGGUCGGACGGUUUGGGUGUAAUAUGUCUGCAUGUGUUCCAAAACAUAAUUCCAGCCGAGGCGUACACAUAUGAGGCUGCAAUGAUUGACGUCAUCGGACUCAAUAAUCUUAAGAAUGAGAAAAUCGGCAAUUACUAUGGCGCAGCCGAGCAGUUGACUAGGAAGGAGAGACGGAUGCUUGGGUUAUAUCUCUUAUACAAAGCAUUGAAUAUUUAUAUUAACGAAGGUGAAAGGCAACUCAGACCGGACAAUGUUAAGGGAGACUGAUAUAUUCAUAUCAUAAUAUUUUUAUUUUAAUAUAUUUAAUGCUUCAGACAUGAAAUCUUGCCAAACGCUACCCUCUGUACCUUAAUAUAAGUAAUAGCCAAAGACAAUUUGACUUUUUGACUGAACGUAUGUCGUCAAUUUUAACUUAACGAACAGUAUUUUUUAAUAUUUUUAUUGCUAUUUAUAUAAAAUCGCUCCGUAAGCUUAAAUUAUAUAGUUUUUAAUUAUUUGUAUGACUUGUAGUAAGUUACCAAUGUUUAUAUUAUGAUUUUUUUCUAAUGUAAGAUCUCAAAAUUGUAUUUUAAUACUUAAUUAACUCCGAUUUUUUGUAUGUUUUCAUAUUUUUUGCUAGUCAUUUAAAAUAUACGCAUAAUUAAUGAUGGCAAUAACAUUUUGAAAUAAAAGGCUACUUAAGAGAA